AUGUACUCGUUUCCGGCAGAGUCGUUCGCACCGAAGAUUCAAAUGCAGAAGUACGUUGCGCCGAAGCAGCUUCCCCGUAACGUUGCAAUGGAGCGACGCAGGCGGCAGUACCGAAAUCUGCGGAUGCCGAUGGCAUUGAGACAGGAAAAUAUUCGUCCCCGGGAGUUACUGCCCCCGGAAGUGGUCCGACCCUUUUCGUCAAAAAAUGACCAAUACGGGCUGUACCCCACGGGCCAAAUUUUGGCCACACACAUGGAAAACCUGGAAAUAUCAGGUCAUUUCAAAGGGAUCAUGGAAAACCGAGAAUUGUCGGGGAAUUUUUAUUUUGAUCGUGAAAAAAACCAAAUUUAUCAGUUUUGUAGUAUGGGAAUUGGAAGCGAUUUUUUUUGUGGUGACAUAUUUAUCGAUUACAGAGUUAACAUGCUGAACGAUUUAGGUUUUAGUAACUCACUAAAAGUGGGAGAAUCCUGUUUUUGCAAAUUUUGGGCAAAGUUGAACGGUUUAUUUCACAGAACAACGGACGACUGGGUAAACCUUAACGCGAUCGACGGAAUCCGGCAUCCUGUUCCUGCCGAGGUAUUCGUCGAGAGACCGGAAAAGCUCAGAAUUUCUUUCGACGCCAACGACGACGAUGCCUUGGACAAUUUGUACGACUGGUGUAACGCAGCAAUCACAGAUUACGACCCGCAGCGAAAACUGUGGUCGGUUUUCACUUUGGACGGCUACAAAAGAACCUUCGUCAUCCCUAGAAUUUACAUACGUUUUUAUGCUGAAGACUCGAGGACCUCAGCGAAAAGAAUCGGAAAUGCUUUAGCAGCUAGGCGAAAAGCGGAGGCUUGUAUCAGGUACAAUUUUUACGUCGACUGCAUGAACCUUGAGGGCAUUCCACCUUACCCGGAAAAAGAGUUCUACGAGGCCACAGCUAAGGCACUCGUACACGGCAAGCAGAAACACGCCAGCGAGAAUUUAAUGAACGUAAUGAGCGAAAUAACUCUCGACUACAAACGAACGAUGUGCGACUUAAAGUGGAGGCAAAUGAUCGAUUGUCAUCCGGAGCUGUUCAAAUUUAUCGCACAAAUGGCAGUGCAGGAAGAUGACGAACUCGCGGUUCCAGCAACCGGAAGGGUCUCAACGGGCAUGAAAAACUUUGAGAAGACUAAGGAGUUUUUCCACUGGGUCGUCCUCUACGUACGUCCAGAGGUAUACGAGGCCAUGUCUUGCAUCGUGUUCGAGUCAAUGAGAGCCGGGGCUGGAUCCCUCUUCAUAUCAAAUUACGGCAAGUCGAUGACGCUCGUGGAAUUUGAACAGCUACAAACACAGAAUAUGGUAACGGUAAUCAAAGACCUCAAAGAGCCAUGGUUGGAGAAAAUAACACAAUCGGUCAGAAUGUGUCUAAGAGACAUCGGCAAAGGUUGGUUCAACCUUGAGCAGAAGGACCAUGACGUUUACGAUGUUAUGAAGCUGAAGAGGUUCAUGACCCUGACAAUGCUUCACAUGCAGAAUGGUCUGCGAAACCUCGUAGAAAAUUCGAUGUCUCUUUACCUCUACAUGCUGGAAACUCCGGCACUUUGUACGCUCGAUGUAUGCGAUGAUUUUGUCUGGGGUGAUAACUUGGUGAUAACGCAGUUCAAGCCCAGCAAUUAUCCGGUGUUCAACAUUGAGCUUCGUAUGGAUGAGAGUGGUGCAGUCUAUUCUACUAAUUUGGACCAGUUCCGGACGACGAUCAUACAUCUAUUCGACAACGCGCUGACCAUGUGUCAUCAGAUUAGACAGGUCCAUCCGUUUCUAUUGCGACAUUUGAAGUUUCCUGCCGAUUUGCUUCUGUGUUCCGUUGGGUUGCUGGAAAAACCUGUCUGUGAUGUUCGCGAUCGUUUGAAUUUCAUUUAUUCGAAAGCAUUAAUACCGCUAAAAGCUUACGCCAAGGAAUUCCAGAAAUAUCUCGAGUUUUACAUGCUGCCGGUAACGCAAUACAUCAAGAACUUCAAAGAAGAGAACCGCCCCGUAAUCGAGUUCAAGGAUGAAAUAUCAUUCCAUUUCCGUAUGAAGCAUAGUCUCGAAAGAAGCCUGCCGUUCAACAUUUGGAUCGGUCCGUUCAACGUGAACGUGCGACCUCUGAAGUCGUUCUUGAUAGAGAAGCGGCUGGACCUAGCCACGAGGCUGCUCAACAUGUUCACAGCGCGACUUCAUUCCCAAAUCGAUGAAAUAUUAACAGAGUACAAAAACAUUCAGAAGAAAUUGAAAGACGAGCCGUUCAACAUAGAGCGGGUAUUCGAAAUGCGGGAAUGGAUGGAAACCAUACCGCUAACCGUCAAGGGCUUGGACGAUACUGUCCAGAAACUCAAACUUGAAUACGACGUGCUUGAUCAGUUUUGGUGGAAUUUGUCCGACGAGGAUUUCGCUUUGAAAUACGAGGCUAUUGGAUUCCCGCUUCAAAUCCAAAUACAGGUGGACGAAACCCUAGACUUUCUUGUCGAAGCUCAGGAUAAGUUCUACAAAGUUCAAUUGGUGGACGAGGCUAAUCUUUUGGAGAGAAUAGACGGGCUGAUGGGAAACGUGACGAAUAUAGCCUUGCAGCGCGACAUUAACAAGACACACGAGAUGGCGAUCGACGUCAAGAGGGUUUGGAAGAUCAUCAAAGAGUGCCAGGAGCAGGGUCUGCUACUCAAUGAGAGGCAAAAGCUUUUCGGGAUUCCAGUAACGCCCUAUGAACACCUCAGCAAACUGAUCACGGAGUUUGACCCCUACAAGACUCUAUGGAUAACCGCUUCCGGCGAGUGAUGAGCCACGUGGUACGAAAUAUGGAUGGAAAAUCCUUUGCUGACCAUCGAUGGAUCCCAGAUCGAGACGCUGGUCGCAGAUAUGUUCAAGAGCAUGACGCGCUGCAUGAAGAUAUUCAACGAGCAGCCCCAAAUUCAGUAUAUCGCGAGUGAAAUCAGGGAACAAAUCGACGUUUUUCGGCCGUUCAUUGGUCUGAUACAAGCUUUACGCAACCCCGGAAUGCAGCCGCGGCACUUUGUGGAGUUGAGCGACCAAACGGGGAUUCAAAUAUCUCUGACACCGACGUUGACUUUAAAGAAUUGCAUCGUGCUUGGCUUGAUGGAUUUCGAGGAGACGGUGAAGAAAGUCGCGGAGGGUGCGGCGAAGGAACACGCGAUCGAGGAAUCUCUCGACAAAAUGCUCGCCGAGUGGCAAAACGUUGCACUCGAGUUCAUCCCCCACAAGACUGCGGAUACCGAUGUGUUGAAAAUUGCCGAUGAGAUAAUCAUGAUGCUUGAUGACCAAGUUCAGACGACGCAGCAAAUCAGCUUCAGCCCAUUCAAGGCUGCCUUCGAAGAAAGGAUUGCCGACUGGGACAACAAGCUGAAGUUGAUCCAGGACGUUUCCGUCGUCUGGCUAGAGGUGCAAAGAGCAUGGCUGUAUCUUGAGCCGAUAUUCACGUCGGACGAUAUCAGCCGGCAGCUGCCUGUCGAGUCAAAAAAAUACAACGUCAUGGAGCGAAAUUGGAAACGAAUAAUGAAGGCGGCUCAGGCUUGUCCGACGAUCAUAGAUAUUUGUCCGGAUCCAAAUCUUCUGGAGAGUCUCAAGGAGUGUUUGAGUCUUUUGAACGUCGUGCAGAAGGGCCUGUCGGACUACCUCGAGACGAAGCGCAUGCUCUUCCCAAGGUUCUUCUUCCUCAGCGAUGACGAGCUCCUCGAGAUAAUCGCUCAGGCCAAAAACGUCCACGCCGUUCAACCCCACCUGAAAAAAUGCUUCGAGAAUAUUCACAAGCUAAAGUUCGAAAGCGAUUUAACUAUCACGAACAUGUACUCCGCCGAAAACGAGGAGGUCACAUUCCAACCGGCGAUUCUUCCCACCGGAAACGUCGAGGAUUGGCUCGGCCAAGUCGAGGAGGCCAUGAGGGACACCUUGAGGUGCAUAAUCGGCGACUCUCUCGAACAGGUCGAGGUCAAGCCGCGGAAGGAAUGGGUCUACAUGUGGCCAGGUCAAAUUGUCCUCUGCGGAGGACAGACGGCCUGGACAGCGCACGUCGAGGAGGGAAUAAGGACUCAAACUCUCAAGGAUUACUACCACCAAAUGCUAAAACAGCUCGAUGACCUCCGCGACUUGGUGCGAGGUAAUCAGACAGAGAUCCAGAGGAUGAUACUGGAGGCUGUUAUUGUGAUUGAAGUUCACGCCAGGGACGUCCUGGCGAAACUGGUGCGCGAAAAUAUCACCAACGCGAAUGACUUCGACUGGAUAUCGCAGCUUCGUUAUUACUGGGUCGACGACGAGGACCUCAAGGUCCGAGCGGUCAAUGCUGAAUUUCCUUACGGGUACGAGUACCUCGGUAACAACGGGCGAUUGGUCAUCACCCCAUUGACGGAUCGUUGCUAUCUCACCCUGACUGGUGCACUGCAUUUGAAAUUCGGUGGGGCACCAGCUGGACCGGCUGGAACCGGAAAAACUGAGACAACGAAAGACCUUGCGAAGGCUUUCGCGAUACAGUGCGUGGUCUUCAACUGCUCCGAUCAACUCGACUUCAUGUCCAUGGGGAAGUUCUUCAAAGGAUUGGCCAGUUCUGGUGCUUGGGCUUGCUUUGACGAGUUCAAUCGAAUCGAUAUCGAAGUACUUUCCGUUAUCGCACAGCAGAUAUUGACCAUACAAAAAGCUCAGCAGAUUUCAGCAAGCAGGUUCAUCUUCGAAGGAGUUGACCUUCCGCUGAGGCCGUCCUGCGCGGUUUUUAUCACUAUGAAUCCGGGAUACGCCGGUCGGACGGAACUUCCGGAUAAUUUGAAAGCGUUGUUUCGUCCGGUAGCCAUGAUGGUACCGAAUUACACGUUGAUUGCUGAGAUUUCGUUGUUCUCCUUCGGAUUUUCGAACGCCAAGCAGCUGGCUGGAAAAAUAACAUCAACGUUUAAACUGAGCUCGGAACAGCUUAGCGUUCAGGAUCAUUACGACUUCGGCAUGCGAGCGGUUAAGACGGUGAUAGCAGUCGCUGGUAACCUGAGACGCGAACAACGUGACAUGACCGAAGCACAAAUCUGUUUGCGCGCUCUGCGGGAUGUUAACGUGCCGAAGUUUCUCAAGGAUGACUUGAAGCUCUUCAACGGUAUCGUUUCGGACCUUUUCCCGAAGAUGACUGAGCAGGCCGUGGACUACGGGAUUCUGGAGGCAAGCAUUCGGAAGUCGAUCAACAGUAAAGGACUGCAGGACGUCGAUGAGUACGUGCAGAAGGUAAUUCAGCUGUACGAGACGACAGUUGUGAGGCACGGUCUGAUGCUGGUGGGACCAACAGGAUCCGGAAAGACGAAGUGUUACGAAAUCCUGAAAGACGCCUGUACAAAACUGAAGGGUAAACCACAGCCGAGUGGAAAGCCGUUUGCUCCCGUACACACGUUCGUUUUCAAUCCAAAGUCGAUCACCAUGGGUCAGCUCUACGGUGAAUACGACAUCAACACCCACGAAUGGACUGACGGUAUCCUGUCGAACAUGAUACGAGCCGGGACGACGGCUGCCGAUGAAGACAAACGAUGGUACGUGUUUGACGGGCCGGUGGAUGCUGUGUGGAUAGAAAACUUGAACACGGUACUUGACGACAACAAAAAGCUCUGCCUGACUUCCGGGGAGAUUAUGAAGCUCGUGCCAACCCAGACGAUGAUGUUCGAAGUCGCCGAUCUGCGCGUCGCCUCACCGGCUACUGUGUCCAGGUGCGGAAUGGUUUAUGUUGAGCCAGGGGUCGUCGGUCUUAAACCGUUCGUCGAUUGCUGGAUCAGAGCUCUGCCUGAGAACAUGCAGGGUUUUGCCGAGACACUGUCGACUCUUUCUUACUACUUUAUUUUCCCUGGACUGAAACUCCUGCGGCAACAGCUUCACGAAAUCAUCGGAACUGUGGACAGCGCGAUGGUUACAUCGUAUUUUAACCUCCUUCAAUUUCGCAUCGGACCCAUGGCUGGUCGGGAUGGAAAAGCGCCACCGUCCCUUGUCUUCCAAAGACUGAUACCAAAACUCAUCUCGCCCUGGGUCGCUUUUUCUGUGGUCUGGAGCCUCGGGGCGACAUGCGAUCAUAAAGGACGUCGCAUCUUUAAUGAUUGGAUGCGAAAAAUGCAAAAAGAUGGAAAGCACGACAUGCAGUUCCCCAACGAAGGGAUGGUUUACGACUACAGGCUACACGACGGUGGGUUCACGGAUCCCAUAACUGGGACCGAGCCCGUUGCGCCAACAUGGGUGAAAUGGCUCGAAGAUAUUCCCUCGAUAAAAAUCACAUCCGAUACAAAGUUCGAAGACAUGGAGGUGCCGACUAUCGACAACGUGCGAAACGCGGCUCUCAUCGGGUACCUUCUCGUCAACAACAAUCACAUACUCUGCGUCGGGCCCACUGGAAGUGGAAAGACCCUGACUGUGUCGAACAAGCUAUCUCGAAACAUGCCCAAGAAAUACAUUUGCGAUUUCAUUACCUUUUCCGCCCGCACUUCAGCCAAUCAGACUCAGGACCUGAUCGACUCGAAGCUGGAGAAACGACGAAAAGGUGUCUACGGGCCGCCCAUACUUAAGAAGCAAGUAUUUUUUAUAGACGACCUCAAUAUGCCCAGUCUGGAGAUAUACGGCGCCCAACCGCCCAUCGAACUGAUCCGUCAGUUCAUGGAUUUCAGCGGGUGGUAUGAUCGAACGGAAAUUGGCCAGUUCCACCUGAUUUACGACUGCAACUUCGUGGCGGCCAUGGGGCCUCCAGGUGGGGGACGUAACCCGGUGACGACGCGACUGACCCGCCACCUUCACCACCUCGCCUUUACAGAAAUGGAGGACGAUGUCAAGAAAAACAUAUUUGGCACAAUUUUAAAUUCUUGGAUCGAAAGGACGGAGGAUCUGCAGGAACUGUUGGAUGUUACGGUAACCGCGACUCUCCAUGUAUAUAAUAUUAUCAUAUCUGAGCUGCUACCCACGCCUGACAAGUCUCACUACACCUUCAACCUCAGGGAUUUGAGCAAAGUAUUUCAAGGGAUUUUGAUGGCCAACCCGGAUAAGAUUCUGAGAGUGGAGGAAUUUUUGAUGCUGUGGUAUCACGAGAAUAUUCGGGUCUUCAGCGAUCGAUUGGUGAACGACACGGAUCGAGCCUGGUUCGAUAACCUGCUCAGAGAGAUACUAGAGAAGCGGUUUAACUGCGAUACGGACAAAGUUAUCGGCCACGGAAUUUUACUGUACGGAGAUUUUCUAGAUUCCUUUGGUCAGUACGUGAAAGUAACCAGCAUGGCGAAGUUGGAACAAGUUCUUCUAAAUACUCUCGAGGAGUACAAUGUUUCAACGACAUCGCCAAUGAAGCUGGUCUUCUUCGAGGACGCGAUGGGGCACGUCUGUCGAAUAGCACGUAUUCUGCGCCAGCCAAGGGGAAACGCUCUUCUACUAGGAAUGGGUGGCUCAGGCCGUGCGAGCCUUACGAAACUGUCUGCGUUUACAAUGGAAUACGACUGUUUCCAAAUCGAACUCAGCAAAGCCUACGGCAACAACGAAUGGCGAGAGGACAUAAAGACGAUGAUGCUGAAGGCCGGGACGAAGCGACAUACGAUAGUUUUCCUGUUCUCGGAUAGUCAAAUAAAGAACGACUCCUUCCUCGAGGACUUGAAUAACAUACUGAACUCCGGCGAUAUUCCGAAUAUCUACGCGGCGGAGGAACUCGAUUUAAUAUACCAAGUUAUGCGCGUCCCGACUCAGGAGGCAGGCCUACCCUUGACCAAGAGUAACCUUUUCUCAGCAUAUCUCAAAACCGUCCGUAGUAACCUGCAUACCGUCGUCACUAUGAGUCCACUCGGUGAAAUAUUCCGGGCUCGAUUGAGGCAGUUCCCAGCCCUGGUCAACUGUUGCACCAUCGACUGGUUCAGCGCCUGGCCUGCGACAGCUCUUGAGAGCGUCGCCCUGCAGUACCUUAGCGAAAUCGAUGACACCAGCAUCUCGGGAAGUGCCCUUCCAUACAUUGUCAAGACCUGUCAGUUCAUGCAUUCCAGUGUCAUACAGGCCAGUGCUGACUUCUUGCAGGAAUUAUCUCGGCACAACUACGUGACGCCCACCUCGUACUUGGAGUUGCUAUCGAGCUACACGGUCCUGGUUAAGCAAAAGAAGGAAGACCUCUUCACGCGGGUGAAUCGUCUGUCAUUGGGACUUGACAAGUUGGCGUCGACCCAAGUCGAGGUUCAGGAAAUGCAAACGCUCCUCACUGGGAUGAAACCGGAACUCGAAAAAGCCAGCGCCGCGACUGCCGCAAUGAUAAAAAGGAUAACCGCAGAUACGAUUGAGGCGGAGAAAACGAAGCUCCUGGCCUUAGAGCAAGAAAAAGAAGCGUCCCGCGUCAAGGAGGAAUGCGAGGCGAUCAAGGAAGAGGCUGAGGCCGAUCUGAGCGAAGCUAGACCGAUGCUCGAGGAGGCCGAGGCGAGCUUGAAAGCCUUGAACAAGGGGGACAUAACGGAAGUGAAAGCAAUGAAGCGACCACCGGUGGGCGUGGUCCUGGUCAUCGAGGCUAUCUGCAUAAUAAAGGACGUCAAGCCGCUGAAAUUACCCGGAAAAAUGCCCGGCGAAAAGGUGCUGGACUACUGGACGCCGGGUAUUCAGAUGCUCGCCGACGCCGGGCACUUUUUAAACUCCCUCGCGAACUUCAACAAGGAGGACAUAACCGCGGACAUGAUAAAAAAGCUCCAGCCAUACGUCGAGAAUCCAGCUUUCCAACCGGUGCAGGUGAUCCAGGUCUCCCGAGCUUGUCACUCCCUCUGUCUAUGGGUCCAUGCCAUGUACAAUUACUACUUUGUCAACUUGAAAGUCGCCCCGAAAAUGGAGGCGCUUGCCCGGGCCGACGAGGCCCUUAGCGAGACGAAAAAGACGUUGGCAGCCGCCAUGGAGAAACUGAAGGAGGUCGAAGAGGGCAUCCAGAACCUACAGCAGUUGCUAAAGGUCGCCGAUGACAAGAAGGCCUUGCUCGAGAACGAGAAACAGAUAUGCGAGGACCGGAUGCUCCGAGCUGUUCGCCUUGUCGUCGGUCUCAGUGACGAACAAAAGCGCUGGAUCUCAACCGUUGCCAGCAUAAAGAUUGCCCUGCGGAACGUAAUCGGCGACAUACUUCUGUCCGCCGGUGCCGUGGCGUAUUUGACACCCUUUACCGACACUUACCGAGAGCGGCUUCUGGGCUCGUGGUAUUCGGUGCUAGGAGAGGGUGUCCCCCACACAGAUGGUUGCACGCCUGUAAUCACGCUCGGAAAUCCCGUCGAAAUUCGGAAGUGGCAGAUCGAUGGACUCCCCCGCGACGCUUUCUCGGUAGAGAACGCGGUGUUGGUUAUGAAUUCCAAACGAUGGCCGCUUUUCAUCGACCCCCAGGGUCAGGCAAACAAGUGGAUAAGGAAUAUGGGUAAAAUCGGAUUGUCUAUAGUGAAAAUGAGCGAUAUGGAUCUCAUACGGGUUUUGGAAGGGUGUGUUCGAUUCGGAAAAAGCUGCUUGAUAGAGAACGUCGGAACGUCAUUGGAGGCGGCGUUAGAUCCGAUCCUGAAGAAUGCAUUGUUCAAACAGGGAGGCCAAACGGUCGUCAAGUUGGGUGACAGCGUGAUUCCGUACAACAGUGAUUUCCGACUUUACAUGACGACGAAAUUAACGAAUCCCCAUUACACCCCCGAAGUUGCGAUCAAGGUGCUGCUCGUCAACUUUACUCUCACCUCCAGCGGCCUGUCGGAUCAGAUGCUUGCUCUUGUGGCGAUGCAGGAACGACCUGAUCUCGAGGAGGCUCGGAGCGCUCUUGUUAUCGCCAGUGCGGAGAUGAAACAGGAUUUGAAGGAAAUCGAAGACCGCAUACUCUAUCGACUCUCGAUUUCAGAAGGCUCUGCCGUUGAUGACAAUGACCUAAUCGUUACGCUUGAAGCGUCCAAGAUCAAAAGUGAGGAGAUAAAGGAGAAGGUCGAGAAAGCUGAGAUAACUCAGGCAGAAAUCGACACCACCAGGAGCAUGUAUAUUCCGGUCGCCAAUCGUGCUCGUAUUUUGUUUUUCUGUCUAUCCGACUUGCAGUACGUCGACAACAUGUAUCAGUACUCGCUCGAGUGGUUCGUCAACAUAUUCAUCGCGAGCAUGACAGCUACGGAUAUAAGCAGUGACAUCCAGGUGCGAAUUGCGACCAUCAAUAUACACUUCACUUUCAAUUUGUUCUCCAACGUUUGCCGAAGCCUCUUCGAGAAGCACAAACUGCACUUCGCAUUCCUAGUAUGCGUGCGGCUCAAAAUAGAUCAGAAUCUCAUUGACCCAAACGAGUGGAGAUUCUUGCUCUCUGGCGCUACGCCAUCGCAGUUGUUGCCAAAUCCAUCGCCAGACUGGAUAUCACCACGUUGUUGGAGGGAAAUUCAAUCGUUGCAAACACUGCCCAAGUUCAACAACUUCGUAGACUCGUUUGUGGGAUUGGUACCAACAUUCAAGACUGUAUUCGAUGCUCAGGAGCCGCAGACGAUUCCGUUUCCUCAGCCAUGGAGGGAUUCCCUUGACGACUUCCAAAAAAUGCUAGUUCUGAAAUGCCUGCGACCAGGAAAGCUCACCAACGCCAUGCAAAUGUACAUUGCGAAGUUCCUCGGCGCCCGCUUCGUCGAGCCCCAGACCACCGAGGUCUCCGCCAUGUACCAGGACUCUGAGCCGACGAUACCGCUGAUUUUCGUCCUUUCAACCGGCACCGACCCGGCUGCGGAUCUGUAUAAAUUCGCGGACAGAUUGAAAAUGGGUAAAAAGUUGUUCUCUAUAUCACUCGGUCAGGGCCAAGGGCCCAGGGCGGAGCUGAUGCUGAAGCAGUCAACCGAAGUCGGGAACUGGAUCUUCUUUCAAAAUUGCCACCUCGCGCCCAGCUGGAUGCCCAGACUCGAGACCCUCGUGGACGAGCUUUCUCCCGAAAGUACGCACCGCGACUUUCGAUUAUGGCUCACAUCCUUGCCCUGCGCUCAUUUUCCAGUGAGCAUUCUGCAGAACUGUAGCAAAAUCACCGUCGAACCACCCCGAGGUCUCAAGGCAAACAUGCAGCGCGCCUAUCUCACUCAAGUCAUGGAACUCGAAGAUCAUCUCAACCUCGAAGAAUCGAAGAUACCUGACUUCAAGUAUAUGCUGUUCGCGCUCUGCAUGUUUCACGGCACUCUCCUUGAGAGGCGGAAAUUCGGUCCCCUAGGCUUCAACAUCCCGUACGAAUUCACCAACGGAGAUCUUACCAUCUGCAUAUCGCAGCUCCGCAUGUUCCUCGCAGAGUAUUCUGACCUGCCAUUCAAGGUGCUUAUUUACACCGCCGGGCACAUCAACUACGGGGGUAGAAUAACGGACGACUGGGAUCGGCGAUGCGUGUUGACGAUUCUGGAGGAUUAUUACAGGAAAGAGGUUGUCUCGCCGACUUAUGAGUUCGACGCCAAGGGCGUUUAUCACCAGCUUCCUGGCGAUACCCCGUUCGCCGAUUACGUAACGUACAUAAAAACUUUCCCACUAAACGACGAUCCGUCCCUGUUUGGGCUCCACGAAAACGCGGACAUCAGUUACGCCCAGGCGGAGACUUUUGCGUGUCUUGAUACUCUCCUGGCUCUCCAGCCGAAAGAAGUGGGUGGCUCCGCAGCGAGCAGCAUGGAAGACGUUUCCUCCAAACGAGCUAGAGAUAUUUUGGAAGAGCUUCCCCCGCUCUUUAACCUCCACGAUUUUUAUGAAAAGUACCCGGUCCUCUACGAGGAAUCCCUUAACACCGUUCUCUACCAAGAAGCGAAACGGUACAACGGACUACUUCAGGAGUUGAUCGUGUCUUUGAACGACCUUCUCAAAGCGCUCAGAGGCCUCGUCGUGAUGUCGGAAAGGUUGGAGACCAUGGCGGGCAGUCUCUUCAACAAUAAAGUGCCAAAGAUCUGGGCGGACAAGGGUUACCCAUCCCUCAAGCCUCUAGGUGCCUGGGUCAUCGAUCUGAAAGAGAGGACGAAGUUCAUCAUGGAAUGGUACAACAUGGGAAUCCCCCCGGCCUUUUGGAUAUCUGGGUUUUACUUCCCUCAGGCAUUCCUCACUGGAACCUUGCAGAAUUUUGCUCGCAGAUACGCGAUCUCCAUCGACACGAUAGACUUCGGCUUUGUGGUCCUGCCCAGCAAACCGGAAAAAAAACCAAAAGAUGGAUGUGCUAUUUACGGACUAUUCCUCGAAGGAUGUCGAUGGGGUGGAACAGCCCUUGCAGAAUCAUUACCCAAGGAACUUUAUACCGAUAUGCCGACAAUAAUGCUGAUCCCCGAGGAAAAUCACCAACACCCUGACCGAGGAAUCUACGAUUGUCCAGUUUACAAAACUAUGACUCGAGCUGGGACCCUGAGUACCACAGGACAUUCGACUAACUUUGUACUUUCCAUAGAAGUGCCAAGCCUAAGGCCUCAGGCUCAUUGGAUAAAACGAGGAGUCGCCCUGCUCUGCGCACUCGACUAUUGAGGGUGGAAAUUCUCCGACACUCCUUUCGUUCAAGAGUCUGAGUUAAGAGUGAAAAAAACUUUUCACUUAGAUUCUUUGUCGGGUAUUACUUUUGUUCUUAAGUUUCUGUACACCCCGAAAA